CUCAUUUACUUGCUCUCUACAUAUACUUCAACGUUACAGACAAUACCUUCAACAUGGCGGGUUCACAAACGGUAAUCCAGCACGGACAGAGCAGAUCAGCGACCAUUACGACCAACGAUACCGACAACACGGUCCGCUUCGAACUCAAACCAAACCAUGGCGCCUCUAUUCCAGACAGUGAAGCCUUCGGAGAGGCUUUUGGGAACACAUCCAAACCCUUGACCGUCUGGCAAAAGGAACAGAACAUCGACCCAUCUCAACAGAUCAAGAUUGUCAAACUCGCUCACAUGCGAUACCAACAUCCAGACUUGGACACGAUCACGAAGUUUCUGGUCGACUUUGGCAUGCACGUCGCCAAGAGGACCCACGACGAGAUCUGGUACCGCGGCUACGGUUCCGAUCAAUACGUCUACUACGCUCGCAAAGGCGAGAAGCAGUUCCUCGGCGGCACUUUCGAAGUCGAAUCCCAAGCGGAUUUGGAGAAAGCUGCUACUCUCCCCGGAGCGAGCGACAUCGUCGACUUGAGCGAUGCGCCAGGUGGCGGGAAGAUGGUCACAGCCUACGACCCAGAAGGUUUCCCCAUCAACCUGAUGUACGGCCAAACACCCGCCAGCGUCGGCGAGUACCCCGACAAAGUCAUCUACAACGACGAAACAGACAAGCCUCGCGUUCGGAAGUUCAAUCGCUUCACGCCCGGUCCAGCCGCCGUGCAUAAACUCGGCCACUACGGACUAUGCGUACAAAAGUUCCCCGAGCAGGUAGAGUGGUAUACGCGAACCUUCAACUUUGCUCCCACAGACUUCCUGCACGUACCGGAUGAUGCGAGUGGCGGCAAAACGAAGAAGGAAGUGGCCGUGUUCCUGCACAUCGAUCGUGGCGAUGAUCCGGUUGACCAUCACACUUUCUUCAUGUCGACGAAUCGAACGAAGCAUGUGCAUCAUGCGUCGUUUGAGGUGCAUGAUUUCGAUACGCAGCAGCUGGGACAUCAGUGGUUGGCGAAGCAGAAGUACACUUCUGUCUGGGGAGUAGGAAGGCAUAUUCUGGGCAGUCAGAUCUUCGAUUACUGGUGGGAUACGACAGGCAACAUGAUCGAGCAUUACUGUGAUGGUGACCUUGUCAAUAAGGAUACCCCCGUAGGCUGGUGCGAUGCGGGUGACGAGUCUUUGGCGGUGUGGGGACCUGAGGUGCCGACCUGGUUUUUGGACUAA